AUGGCCACCAAUACCGAAUUGGAUCCCCAAAGGACCACCGUUGACGCCGAUCCGGCCGACGUCUCUGGUGGAUCUAAAUACCAAAGCCUGAUGAUUUCUAGUGGGGAUGGUGACUUCAUACCUCCAGUCAAGAUGACUAAAAAUCAGGAGCAAGAGAUCAUUUCCUCAGAGGAGGACAGUCUUCAAACAGACACACCCCUCUCUACCCCGCCAAUGACCAUCAGCGACGAUUUUGCUUUGGCCUUCGAUAUUGAUGGCGUCCUCAUGCGGGGUGGCCAGCCCAUCCCUGAGGCCGUGAAGGCUAUGAAAUAUAUCAAUGGUGAUAACCCAUUUGGAAUUAGAGUCCCAUAUAUUUUCCUAACAAAUGGUGGUGGGAAAACGGAAGCAGAGCGAUGCGAGGAUCUCAGUAAACAACUUGGAAUCGAAGUUAAUCCUGGCCAAUUUAUUUGCGGCCAUACUCCCAUGCGCGAGAUGGCAGAGCGAUACAACACCGUCCUUGUCGUCGGUGGCGAGGGCGAAAAGUGUCGUAUUGUUGCAGAGGCAUACGGUUUCAAGGACGUUAUCACUCCCGGUGAUAUCAUCAAGACCAAACAAGAUACCACCCCCUUCCGAAAGUUGACCGAGGAGGAAUACAACAAUUCAAAAAUGCUCGACUUGGAUAAGACUCAAGUGGAAGCAGUCUUUGUGUUCGCGGAUAGUCGCGACUGGGCCGGAGACCAGCAAAUCAUCCUGGAUUGCGUCAUGUCAAAGGAAGGACGCCUAGGUCAACGGUCGGAAACCUUCGACGACGGGCCUCCUGUCUAUUUCUCCCACAAUGACGUGGUGUGGUCUACAUCUCACGACUAUUCCCGCAUUGGCAUGGGUGGCCUUCGAGCCUCCCUUGAGGCUCUCUACAAGGUUGUCUCUGGAGGAAAGGACCUCAAGAGUAUCGCCUUUGGCAAACCACAGAUCGGCACCUUCCAAUUCGCCACCCGCCUGCUACAAGACUGGCGAAGUGAGACCCAUGGAAUCGACAAGCCUCCGGCCACAGUCUAUUUCUUCGGUGAUACUCCCGAGUCGGACGUACGCGGGACCAAUGAAUUCAAUGAAAUUGCAGAGAAUGAUUGGUUUUCUGUUCUCGUGAAGACCGGUGUUUACCAGGGCGGCGACAUUCCUCGUUUCCACCCGAGAAAGAUUUGCGAAGAUGUUUAUGACGCAGUCAAAUUCGCCGUUGAGCGUGAACAUGAGAAAGAGCUCAAUGGUGGCCGUUAUCAAGAUGAUUUCUCAAUUGAUAAAAAAGGCGAGGUGCGGAAUUAA